AGAGUGAUUUUAAAAAAGGUUGACCGUCCCUCUCAAUUAUUUACCAUAUUAAUGGAAUUUCUUAAUAGACUGGAGUCCUUGACAGGAUUAUGAUGAUUACAAUGGAAAUGGACACUCUGGGGUAGCUGUGCUAGAGAUCUGCAUGCACAGUCAGCAAAUUGAAGACACUUGAGCAGUGAAUCGCAUGGCAUUUGGAAAUACCACUGUCUGUCUCAAGAGAAAAGAAUAAUUGUCCAGCAGCUCAUUAUUAGCUUUCGCGAAGCAGGAGGGCUAUGUUCCUGGGACUCUGGCCUUUUUCUUGCCUUAUGCUUUGGUGUGCGGUUCCCAGAAGACUGUCAGGAUGCCACGGCAUUGCAUCUCCCAAACUCCAGUGGUGCUUGUGUCUGCUGUCUCUUACAUCUCUUCUGCAACAGGUCUGCACAGUCCCCUACAAGAUAGGGGUGGUAGGUCCUUGGACUUGUGAUCCGUUGUUUUCAAAGGCUCUGCCUGAGGUUGCUGCUCGGUUAGCAAUUGAGCGAAUCAACCGGGACUCAUCUUUUGAUCUGGGCUACUCUUUUGACUAUGUGAUUCUCAGCGAGGACUGCCAAACUUCGAGGGCCCUCUCCAGUUUCAUUUCCUACCACCAGAUGGCCUCAGGAUUUAUUGGACCUGCCAACCCAGGCUACUGCGAGGCAGCCUCGCUCCUGGGAAACAGCUGGGACAAAGGGAUUUUCUCUUGGGCUUGUGUGAAUUAUGAAUUAGACAAUAAAAAUAGCUACCAGACCUUUUCUCGGACACUCCCUACUUCCAUUCGGGUACUCGUAACUGUCAUGAAGUAUUUCCAGUGGGCUCACUCUGGAGUCAUUUCCUCAGAUGAAGACAUUUGGGUGCAUACAGCCAAUCGAGUUGCAAGUGCUCUUCGGAGCCACGGCCUGCCUGUAGGGGUCGUCCUGACCACAGGACAAGACAGCCCAAGCAUUCGACAAGCUCUCCAGAGGAUUCGCCAGGCAGACAGAAUUCGCAUAAUCAUCAUGUGUAUGCAUUCAGCCUUGAUUGGAGGAGAGACCCAGAUGCAUCUCUUGGAAUGGGCUCACGAUCUGAAAAUGACAGAUGGAACUUAUGUCUUUGUUCCAUAUGAUGCCCUGCUUUACAGCUUGCCUUAUAAGCAAACCCAAUACCAGGUCCUAAGGAACAACCCAAGGCUGCAGGAAGCCUAUGAUGCUGUGUUAACCAUUACAGUGGAGUCCCAAGAAAAGACCUUCUAUCAAGCUUAUACAGAAGCAGCAGUCAAAGGUGAAAUUCCUGAGAAGCUGGAAUUAGAUCAAGUUUCACCGUUGUUUGGAACCAUCUACAAUUCAAUUUACUUUAUCGCACAAGCUAUGAAUAAUUCUGUGAAAGAGAAUGGACAGGCUAGCUCUGCCAGGCUGGUUCAACAUUCCAGAAACAUGCACUUCUAUGGAUUCAACCAGUUGAUAAGGACAGAUUCAAAUGGAAAUGGAAUUUCAGAAUAUGUAAUCCUGGACACCAACGGGAAAGAAUGGGAACUCCAUAGCACCUACACUGUGGACAUGGAAAUGGAGCUGCUACGUUUUCGAGGGACCUCUAUUCACUUCCCUGGGGGCAGGCCCCCAAGAGCAGAUGCGAAGUGCUGGUUUGCGGAAGGGAAGAUCUGCCGUGGAGGCAUCGAUCCUGCCUUUUCCAUGAUGGUCUGCCUUGCUCUACUUAUGGCCCUCCUAUUUAUUAACGGAAUUGCUUACUUUAUAAGGCGUCGUAUAAAUAAAAUCCAGCUGAUUAAAGGACCCAACAGAAUUCUACUAACUUUGGAGGAUGUAACAUUUAUUAAUCCCCACUUUGGCAGUAAGAGAGGAAGUCGUGCCAGUGUAAGUUUCCAGAUCAUCUCCGAGGUUCAAAGUGGGAGGUCCCCAAGGCUCUCCUUUUCUUCAGGAAGUCUAACUCCAGCUACCUAUGAAAAUUCCAAUAUAGCAAUUUAUGAGGGAGACUGGGUGUGGUUGAAAAAGUUACCCCCAGGAGAUUUUGGAGACAUUAAAUUCAUCAAAUCAAGUGCAAGUGAUGUGUUUGAAAUGAUAAAAGACCUUCGGCAUGAGAAUAUUAAUCCUUUGCUGGGCUUUUUCUAUGAUUCGGGGAUGUUUGCCAUUGUGACAGAAUUCUGUUCAAGAGGAAGCCUAGAAGACAUACUGAUAAAUGAGGAUGUGAAACUUGACUGGAUGUUUAAAUCAUCACUCCUGCUGGAUCUCAUCAAGGGGAUGAAAUACUUACACCACAGAGAAUUUGUUCAUGGAAGACUAAAGUCUCGGAACUGUGUGGUAGAUGGGCGUUUUGUACUAAAAGUGACAGAUUAUGGCUUUAAUGACAUAUUAGAAAUGCUAAGAUUCUCUGAAGAAGAACCUUCUGCAGAAGAGUUGCUUUGGACAGCCCCUGAACUGUUGAGAGCCCCACGAGGCAGCAGAUUAGGUUCUUUUGCAGGAGACGUCUAUAGUUUUGCCAUCAUUAUGCAAGAAGUGAUGGUUCGGGGUACUCCAUUCUGCAUGAUGGAACUGCCUGCUGAAGAAAUUAUAAAGAAGCUUAAGAAACCUCCUCCUGUGUAUAGACCAGUGGUUUCUCCUGAGUAUGCCCCUCCAGAAUGUCUGCAGCUGAUGAAGCAGUGCUGGUCUGAGGCUGUGGAACAGCGACCAACUUUUGAUGACAUAUUUAACCAGUUUAAAACAUUCAAUAAGGGGAAAAAGACCAAUAUCAUUGAUUCUAUGCUUCGCAUGUUGGAGCAAUAUUCUAGCAACUUGGAAGAUUUAAUCCGUGAGCGGACUGAGGAGCUGGAAAUUGAAAAGCAGAAAACAGAAAAACUCCUAACACAGAUGCUACCACCAUCAGUUGCUGAAUCCCUCAAAAAAGGCUGCACAGUUGAACCUGAAGGCUUUGACAUGGUCACCUUAUACUUCAGUGACAUUGUGGGCUUCACCACUAUCUCAGCCAUGAGUGAGCCUAUUGAGGUAGUGGAUCUUCUAAAUGACCUGUAUACACUCUUUGAUGCAAUCAUUGGCAGUCAUGAUGUCUACAAGGUAGAGACCAUUGGAGAUGCCUACAUGGUAGCCUCAGGCCUCCCAAAGAGGAAUGGCAGUAGGCAUGCAACUGAGAUUGCAAAUAUGUUCUUGGAUAUCCUGAGCUCUGUGGGCACCUUUAAAAUGCGGCAUAUGCCAGAGGUGCCAGUCCGAAUUGGAAUGGGCCUGCACUCAGGGCCAGUUGUUGCGGGAGUGGUGGGCCUCACCAUGCCCAGAUACUGCUUAUUUGGAGACACUGUAAAUACAGCUUCUCGGAUGGAAUCAACAGGGUUACCUUACCGAAUUCAUGUUAGUCUUAGCACUGUUACAAUUCUUAGAACUCUGAAUGAGGGCUAUGAAGUAGAGCUUCGAGGAAGAACAGAGCUCAAGGGCAAAGGCAUGGAGGAGACCUUCUGGCUGGUUGGAAAAAAAGGCUUUAUGAAGCCGCUUCCUGUGCCCCCACCAGUGGGAAAAGAUGGACAACUGGGCCAUGGCCUGCAACCAGCAGAGAUCGCAGCAUUUCAAAGAAGAAAAGCAGAAAGGCAGUUGGUGAGAAUCAAGCCAUAAGG